GUGGGUGACCUGAGCUGCGCAUUAUUGUCUUCGGCUCGCGCGGUGGAGAGCCUACGAGCAGUGACCAACCUCUUGGGAUUCAGGGGAAGUCGGGAAUGGAGGCCAGAUUAAGAGUUCGCUCUCGACAUCCGCAACAGGACAAGGCAGCUAUGCAUACGUUGAUGGUCGGCCUCUGCCUCCUUUGUCAACGUGCUUCGUCGUGGGUACCAGAGCCCUCUGCGGUCUCGAGACCACGGUAUGCGCGGAGGCCCAAUGUUGGUGCCGGUGGCAGAACAUGGCUAACCGCCUCUCCAGUCAAUGAUUCGCCCCGAAUAGCAGACAUGGCAUGGCCUGCGCAAAUGGUGGUUGAACCAGGAGACGAGAUCUCGGGUCUGCCUGAAGAGGGGAACGGCCAACCGGCACCAAUAGCCACCAGAGCAGGGCCGGCUUCUUCCCUGGAGAACCAGGAGGGCAGGGGGCAGCAGGGGUUCGAGGGUCCCGAGAAGACUCUUGAGAUCGAGUUCGACCCGGACGUUGGGCACGAGGAAGGUGUCAGGGCCAUCAGGAGGGAGCAGUGGGAUGCCAUACUGGAGCAGGCGCAGUGCCACAUCCUGCACCAGCGAGGAAACGACCACUUCGACUCGUACGUGCUGUCGGAGAGCAGUCUCUUCGUUUACAAGAGCAAGCUCGUGCUCAAGACCUGUGGCACCACCACCCUCCUCAGGUGUCUACCGCUGCUGACGGUGGUAUCGAAGAACUACGGGCUGAACCUGGAGUGGAUAGGGUACUCGAGGAAGGACUUCACUUUUCCAACGGAUCAGAUCUACCCGCACACGUCAUUCGCGGAAGAGGUGGAUUUCCUUCAGGGGAUGUUCACGGGCUCUGCCUACGUGCACGGGCCUUUGAACAGCGACCACUGGUACACAUACGUGGCCGACGACUGCAAGAAACCCGCCAAUGCAGCUGCCGACAGGACCCUUAACAUGAUGAUGUACGACCUGGAGCCGGAGGUGGCUCAAAACUUCUACAAGACGGACAAAAUCCAAACCGGCGAAGACGUGUCGUCGCGAUCAGGAAUAAAGAGCGUGCUGCCAAACGCAGCCUUGCAGGACCACCUCUUCGAGCCGUGCGGGUACAGCAUGAACGCGCUCGAAGGCCAAGCUUACUACACCGUUCACGUGACGCCUGAGCCCGACUUCAGCUACGCCUCCUUCGAGACAAACGUGCGCUUGCCGGACUAUGAUGCGCUCGUGCGAGGGGUUUUGGAGGUGUUUCGACCAAGGAAGUUCACCAUGACACUUUUCGGGGAAGAUUCGGGGAUAGAGGACAUCAAACAGAGUCCGUUCGACUACUCGGAUAUCGCCUGCGGUCCCACAAGCGCUAGCUCCACCAGCGCGCGCUACGAGCGAACGCUCAAGACGACCACCAACUUCUCUGGAGACUACUUUAGUCAGAUGGGGAACUGGGUGAGGGCACCGUCGGCGGCGGCGGCGGCGCCAACAUGAUCCCAGCCAGCUGUACGAGACGAGCCCGAGGCCUUUGGCGUUGGUAUGAGCACGUAACUCUGUAGCCGGUAGUAACCACCUGCGGUCGUCUUGGAUGUCAGAGACGGAUAGGGGGAUAGGGGGAAGCUUAACUCGCUCGUGUCCUACAAGGUAGGGAUCCGAAGGGCGGUGCGAUGACAAAAUGUUUCCGUGUGGACAGCUUCGAAAAGGUUACCCGAGCCUAGGGGGUUCCGGUAGUUGAUCCGACUGAAGGCCUUUCCCAAGCGGUACUCCGCACGCCUCAAAGUUGCGAUGGCGUGAGGGGACGGGGUUGUGUCGUAUCCCAGUUGUCCAUUCGACCUAGAUCGUCGUGUGCAUGGGGUGAAGGGUGGCAAUAUUGCUUGGGGUAGGCCCUGCCUCGGUAUACUAGCAUACCUGUAGAGCCAACUGCCGUGUCUGUCUCAGUUUUGGAGGGGGAGAAAAUCCCUCAAGAAGGCGUGCCCGUGUGCGGGGGACACGCAUGACCGUUGUUUCAUACGCACAGAAUGCUUGUACACCCUGUAGUAGCGAUGCCGAACGCCGGUAGUGCUGGUGGUGAUGUCAAGGGCGACUUCUCUUGAGGUAGGGGACGCUUGCGACUUCGUUGCUGAUGACUUGCUGGCCUCUUGAGUCUUCCGCCGCAAGGCUGGCUCUAUAGGGAAGGCGUCUGGUGCGUAUCGUCACGCAUGGCGCCGUAUGAUGAAUGUCUGGCCCGGUGGUGCCAUGCAGUAAGCAACCUUUGCAUGCCCGAAAAUUUUGCGCGCCACGCGAUUGCCUGUUGAAGGGUCGUGUGUGUGUGUGCUUGUUACUUUGUUUUGUUUCCAUGUGCUUUGUUGCUCUUUUCUGCUGUGGCUGGUGCCGAAGGAUGAUUUGGGAAGUAAUUUCGACUGGCCGUGUCGAGAGCGGGAAAGGACGCGGCACAAGCAGUCAUUGUACAAAGACCUGGGUGACACCGGGUCGUUAGAAAAGCGCUCUAAAAUAGCGCGUACUGCAGGUUGUCAGGCUGAGCUUCUGUGUCGACAACAAUAGUAGCGUAUCGUGGCUUGCUAUGAUCUAACGUGUUAUGUUAGCGCGUGCCUUGUCUCCGUAGAGAAACUUGGCCUUGUCCUCCCUGAGUUGACGUAGGUAGUUGAAUGGUCUAGGCGUAGCUUCACGGUCUGCACCUGCCGUUGUAUCCUACUAGAGCCUCCUCACGAACUGGCCGUUCGUAUUGAUUUAGUCUAAUAGAGUGUUUCCGUCGAUGGGCCGGGUACGUCUGGCGUCGGGUAUGACCACAAGACUUGGCGCUGAAUAUUUGACAGGCAGUAGAGACGAAAGGAAAAGCACAAGGUAAGUGGUGAACCGCGUGUGAUGUUGGUUCCCCCAAGGAGGUAGUAGCCCUUCUUCACCCUCUCAUUGAACCCGGCGACACCUCCAGCCU